AUGGUAAGAAAUGAUAGGCAUGGAACACCUACAUCUCAUUCAUUGAAGGGUGGCUAUGGGCCCACUUCCCUUUUUGACCUAAACACAAAUUAUCAGUUCAAACAUCUGUACAAGUUCGGGUUGGUCCAGUGGCAUCAAAAUCAAACACCUAAUUCAAAGGGGCCAAUGAGAGACAGCCACUUAAAGGUUGGGAAGAAGCAGCUUCUUCAGAGAGUGAGUGCUUUUUCUGGCCCGUGA